AUGGACACGCCCGACCGCGCCGCCGCGCAGCCCGCGGCCUCGCGCGCCGAGGACUCGCCAGUUUUCAGCUUCCUCAACAACCUGUCGCCGAUUGAGCCUCUCAAGUCGGCUUACAACACGAAUAGCCUCCAAGGGUUUCAGUCCAUCAACAUAACAUCAAUUUCCUCCAUCUUCACUUCUCCACAUGACAAUGUGAACAAGGAACCGAGGCUCCCAAAGAGUUCACUUGGUGAAAUUUCUGAAAACAAGGUUUGUGCUGACAGCGCUGAUACAAACAAGCCAUCCAAGUCUUCAAAUGCUGUUAGGUUGUUUGCCUGCACUAGUGCCGUGACUCGAGAAACCCACGCUGUUACAUGUUCAGCUGUGGUUGAUCCUGCAACUGGGCCAUGUGAUUUGGCUCAACCUGGCCAAUUCGAUAAUGGCAGUCCAGACCAUAACACGACACCCUGCCAUGGUGUCAGAUCAGACCUUAAACAGGAUAAGACUAGGAAGUUAGAAGCUGCACAAACUGUUAAAAACACAUUGGAGAAAAGGAAAUGUUUGUUUUCCACUGAAACCCGGCUCCUGGAUGGCGGCGGUGAGCCUGUGCAUGACAAUGAUGAAGUCUUGGGAUGUGAAUGGUCCGAUUUGAUCUCCACAACCUCAGCUGAGCUUUUGGCCUUUGACUCCACGACGAUGGAUGAGCAUCACAGAGAAGUGCAUUUGGCAGCUAAAAACGCAGAAUCAUGUGGAUAUUUGCUAUCAAAACUUACUGGAGAUGGUGACAUCUCAGACAGAGCGUAUCCUAGUGCAUCUGGUCAAGUAUACUAUCAAGAACUUGUGAUGGGAGAUGAUCAGACAGAAAAUGCUCAAAUAUUUCAGGAUGGUCAAGAAACCAUCUCAACUCAAGAAAUUCAGGAUAAUAUUUAUGAUGCAAAUGGAUGUAUUCCAUUAGAUUACAAGGUGGAGAGCCAACAACAACGUGGCAUACGAAGACGCUGCCUGGUUUUUGAGGCAUCUGGGUUUUCAAAUAGUGUUGUGAAAAAAGGGACUGUUGAGAAUCUCUCUGUCUCAACAUGUAAAGGCAAAAGCCCUGUACAAACCCAACCACGUGGACUGCGAGGCAUUGGCCUACAUUUGAAUGCCCUUGCAUUAACACCAAAAGGGAAAAUGGCUUGUCAGGAUCCUACGGAUUCUGCUUUGCUUCCGUCGUCAGCAUCUGAAAAGGAUGUGCAUAGCAAGCUGCUUUCUGCAGGAGAGAAUUUUACACACUCUGGUGGUGAACUGUUAGAAUUUCCCAUGGAUGAUUGUUCAGCUGGAGGUUUUCCUGUAAAUGAUCAUGUUUCAGGACAAAGUGUCAGCCCUCAAAAGAAGAGACGUAAAACAGAUAAUGGUGAUGAUGGUGAGGCAUGCAAGCGAUGCAGCUGUAAGAAGUCAAAGUGCCUGAAACUUUAUUGCGAGUGUUUUGCUGCUGGUGUAUACUGCUCAGAACCUUGUUCAUGUCAAGGAUGUCUGAACAAACCCAUACAUGAGGAAAUUGUUCUCUCCACUCGGAAGCAGAUAGAGUUUCGUAAUCCACUAGCAUUUGCUCCAAAAGUGAUCCGUAUGUCUGAUGCUGGUCUGGAAACUGGGGAAGAUCCUAACAGUACUCCAGCUUCAGCUCGUCACAAGAGAGGAUGCAAUUGCAAGAAGUCAAGCUGUCUCAAGAAAUACUGUGAAUGCUAUCAGGGAGGUGUUGGAUGCUCCACCAACUGCAGAUGUGAGAGUUGCAAAAAUACUUUUGGCAGAAGAGAUGCCGAGACUGAACUCACUGAAGAAAUGAAACAAGAAAGUGAGCAAACAGAAAAUUGUCCACAACAAAAGGACAACGAUCAACAAAAAGCAAAUGUACAGAGCGAAGAUCACCCCCUCCUUGACCUUGUCCCAAUAACACCUCCUUUUGAUCUUUCCAGUUCUCUGCUCAAACUGCCAAAUUUCUCAAGUGCAAAACCACCGAGACCGUCCAAACCUCGCAGUGUGAACUCCCGUUCGUCUGCUUCAAAAGCUACUGCAACAGUACAGCCUUGUAAAUCGUCCAAGAUUGCUGUUAGUGGUAUCGAUGAGGAGAUGCCAGAUAUUCUAAAAGAACCUAAUUCUCCUAAUAACUGUGUCAAGACUACUUCACCCAACGGAAAACGGGUCUUGCCGCCACAUAAUGGGCUCAGUAUUUCCCUGAACCGAAAGGGUGGUAGGAAGUUGAUACUGAAGUCAAUUCCCUCAUUUCCAUCACUUGUGGGAGACACAAUCAGCGGUUCUGCAAUGAACAACACUGAUAGCACAUUCAGCGUGUCACCUCUCACUUUAGGUAAGCAUUGUUUUUGUGCAGAUUGCACUAGUGUUAUGUGA